CGCGUCGCCAGUCCUCGCCCCCCAUCACCAUGUUGAACCGCCUCUUCCGGCCGCAGGCCGCGCUGCGUGCCGCUUCCGCUUUCUCCCAGAAGCCCGUCUCCGCGCUCCCACGCCUCCAGAUCCGGUCCCUGCACCGCGUGCCCCAGUUGACCAACGACCAGCACUUCAAGACAAAUGGAGUCCCCGAGUUCCUAUCACCAGAGGCGUUCGACUUCGCCUGGACGCAAUACCAGACUCUGCUCAUUGACAAGCUGAACCUGAUGACGCAGGACACCGUUGAUGCCGAUGCGAAACCCGGAGAACUGCUGGUCAAGUACUCCCGGCGUGCGGAGAUGGCGUCAGUGUUCAACUACGCCUCCAUGGCCCACAACAACCACUUCUUCUUCAACUGCCUGGUGAGUUGGCACCCUUUGGCCGGACUUGCCCCGCAGUCUCCCAACACCACCCAGAUCCCCGAAAAGUUCGCCAAAGACAUCGUCGACACCUGCUCGUCGGUCGAAUCCCUGAAGCUCGAUUUCCUGGCCACCGCCAACGCCAUGUUCGGCCCGGGUUUCGUCUGGUUGGCCAAGAACCUGGAGAAGGAUGGAUUGAUGCACAUCUUCUGCACGUACAACGCGGGCUCGCCGUACCCGGCUGCGCACUCGCGGCGGCAACCGGUCGAUAUGGCGACGCACUCGCCCGACGCGCCGAUGGGCAACCAGUACGCCGGCGCGAUGGGCGCGCACUCGCCCAACCAGAAGAACAUGGCGGCCGGAGCGUUGGACGUGCAGCCGAUCCUGUGUGUCAACACCUGGGAGCACGUGUGGAUGAUGGACUACGGUAUUGGUGGCAAGGCCGAGUACCUGGAGCGGUGGUGGGACCGGAUCAACUGGGACGUGGUGUUUGACAACUACAACGCGGUCAGCUCGGCGAGGGCGGGCCGGAGCAUGAACUGGAACCGGAAUAUGAACAUGAUGUAG